AUGGGGAAAUUGACGAUGCGGGAGAAGUUGGAGGAAAUGAAGCCGGCGGCGGUGAUGGUGGUGGUACAGGUGGCAUUCGCCGGCGUCAACAUCUUGUACAAGCUGGCGGCGAACGACGGGAUGAGCCUCAAGGUCAUCGUCGCCUACCGAUUUCUCUUCGCCACCGCCUUCAUGGUCCCCCUCGCCGUCGCUCUCGAAAGGAAGAAGCAGCCCAAAUUCCGGUGGUCGAUCCUGGUGCAUGCAUUCCUCUGUGGCCUGUUUGGGGGCUCACUGGCUCAGAACCUCUACCUGGCGAGCCUGGCUCUGACCUCGCCGACGUUCGCCUCCGCCAUGGCCAACCUCGUCCCCGCCAUCACCUUCAUAUUGGCCGUCUCCUUCAGGAUAGAGAGGCUGGGGCUGGGAACCGUCGGAGGGAAGGCGAAGCUGGCGGGGACGUUGGUCGGGAUAGGUGGCGCCAUGCUGCUCACUUUCUACAAAGGCUCGGUCCUCGACACCUGGUCAACGCACGUUGACCUCCUCCACUCGCCGCCGCCACCGCAUUCCCGCCACGUGGCGGCCGACCACCAGAACCGUGGCCUCGGUGCUCUCUUCGCCGUUGGCAGCUGCUGCUCCUACGCACUCUGGCUCAUCGUCCAGGCGAAGAUGGGGGAGAGGUAUCCAUGCCCCUACUCGGCGACGGCAUUGAUGUGCAUCAUGGGAUCGAUUCAAGCCGUUGUAUAUGCUUUGUGCACUGAAAGAGACUGGACUCAAUGGAAGCUCUGUUGGAACGUCCGCCUUCUCACCGUCGCCUAUUCUGGAAUUGUGGCGUCGGGGCUGAUGGUGACGAUCAUAGCGUGGUGCGUGAAGAAGCGAGGACCACUGUACGUCUCGAUUUUCAACCCGCUGAUGCUGGUCUGCGUCGCCGUCGCUUCCAACUUGCUCCUCAACGAGAAGCUUCACCUGGGAAGCGUGCUGGGGGCGACGUUGAUCAUUUGCGGGUUGUACUGGGUGAUAUGGGGGAAGGGCAAGGAGAUGGCGGAGCGGCAGAUCAUAUUGGAGAAGGAGCUGAUCAGUAGUGUACAUGAGAAUAACGUUCCUAGCAAUAUCAACGUACUCGACGGUCCAAGGACCGCGACGGAAAUGGAUCAUCAUGGUCGUCGAGAUACGAAUGUCGAAAUCGUCGUUGUACGUCUGUCGUCGUCGUCGGACGGGACGGGACGGGCCAAGCCCUCGACAUGA